CCCCCCCCACUGAUCACGUGACCGCAAGUCCUCAACCUGAUCUCGAAGGCCUCACACAGCAGCUCACAGCGCGAGGGGGAAACUCGUUUUAAUUUCUUAUUCCUUCACAAAUAUUCACAACAAAACCCUCCACACCACCCCCACACCCACCCCCAGCGGUGUUUCUCAACAAGCCACGACAAACAAAGAAGAAGGAGUCGCCGGGAGGUGUCGGCUGGAGGCGGCUCGGGGCUGAUCGCGCCGGGCAGAGGCGGAACGACCCGGGGCGGGAGACGGAGCGAGCAAACGGAGCCGAAUUCCCCUUCUUCUACGACUACUACUACGACUACUACACUACUGAGAUCACCAUGUCGGGCAAAGACCGUAUCGACGUAUUCCCGUCCCGCAUGGCUCAGACGAUCAUGAAGGCGCGUCUGAAGGGAGCUCAGACGGGACGCAGCCUGCUGAAGAAGAAGGCCGACGCGCUCUCCAUGCGCUUCCGACAGAUCCUCAAGAAGAUCAUCGACACCAAGAUGCUGAUGGGUGACGUCAUGAGGGAGGCUGCCUUCUCUUUGGCUGAGGCCAAAUUCACUGCUGGUGACUUCAGCACGACUGUAAUCCAGAACGUGAACCGGGCGCAGGUGAAGGUGAAAGCCAAGAAGGAUAACGUGGCAGGUGUGACCCUGCCUGUGUUCGAGCACUACAGCGAGGGGGGAGACAGCUAUGAGCUCACCGGGUUGGCACGGGGCGGGGAGCAGCUGGCCAAGCUGAAGAAAAACUACGGCAAGGCCGUGGAGUUGCUCAUAGAGCUCGCCUCGCUGCAGACUUCGUUUGUCACACUGGACGAGGCCAUCAAGAUCACAAACCGGAGGGUGAACGCGAUCGAGCACGUGAUCAUCCCUCGAAUUGAGCGCACGCUCGCCUACAUCAUCUCCGAGCUGGACGAGCGCGAGAGAGAGGAAUUCUACCGACUCAAGAAGAUCCAGGAGAAGAAGAAAAUCCUGAAGGCAAAGGAGGAGAAGCUGAGGGAGGCGCGUCGCACAGCCGGCGAGCAGGAAGUGGCCAGCAUGCUGGACGAGCAGAGGGACGAGGACCUGCUCUUCGACUGACGACACCGCACCCCCCCCCCCCCCGGCCCGUGCCCUGUCCCGCUACAAGCCCGCUGAGCCAGCAAGCACGCGAGCCUGCCACACCUCCACUUCAGCGAACACACACACACGCUUACACACACACACACGCUUACACACACACGCGUACACACGCUUGCACACACACACAACGCUUGCACACACACACACAACGCUUGCACACACACACAACGCUUGCACACACACACAACGCUUGCACACACGCUUGCACACACGCUUGCACACACACACACGCUUGCACACACACACGCUUGCACACAACAACCGCAAUUCGCCGCUAAGUGGCGGUGACGUCACCACGACGCUUGUGCCAGGCCAUGUGCACCUUGAGACCACGUGAAGUGUCGAACGCCCGCGUGUGUGCUUACACGCUUACACACAUGCUUACACACACAUGCUUACACACACACACGCUUACACACACAUGCUUACACACACACACGCUUACACACACAUGCUUACACACACAUGCUUACACACACACGCUUACACACACACCCAGUGCUGUCCAACACUUCCCAACAAAGCCUGAAAGGCUCAAUGUACUUGUUCUGUCCGUCGGUAGCAGGGCCGAUGGGGGGUGGAAGGGGGGUUAAUAACUCCUGUAAAGAUGAUCCAAUAUAAAUUUUAAUUGAGCACAAAAGUGUUGCUUUUUAGACUCAGCCUAACAAUUGUGCUGCUGUUGUUAGAGACUUGCCCUUCAGAAAGUGACACAUCAUAGGCUGCUCGACUUGGCAUUUCAACCCAGCACUGAGCCCUUGUUGAGCAAGGCAAUGUCAUAGGUUGGCCCGUCUUAUGAGCGGGACAUUUCUUUCAUAACGUUGAACAGAUUUACAUGUGAGCAAGCUGAACAAUUUUUAGCGUCGACUAAAAAUGACGACCUGUUCACACAUGCACGCAUACACAAACUUAUACACAAAACACUCUCUCGUCACAACGCAUUUUGGUCGAAUAUCUGUUCAGCAUGCAGCGUGUACUGCGCAAAAUACUGGGAAAUCGUUAAACUUAAAAAUAAUUAAUCCCUGAAUAUGCAUGUUCAGUGCGGAAUGGGCAAGGUCUACUGAUGGGGCGGGUGGCAUUUUAAAUUGCUGUGUUAACAGCAAGUGUGGAUAUUGUGUUUGGUCAUUUCGUAGCCCUUGUUCCUCCAGAUCGGGGUUGGUGAGGGAGGGGAGGAGGGUGGACCGUUAACUUGACCGAUGGAUGAAAAUGAAUCGAUACCUUCAGCAGCGGGAUGUCUGAACAAACGCCAGUGACGCGCGUGUCUAAACGAGUAUGAAGAAAUAUUCAUAUUCUUAGGUUUUUUCAGUAAAGUCACGUAGGUAAAAACAUUAAAAAGUAAAAUAAAAUAAAAAUCACGACGUUUCGGAGGCAACACAAGCUUCCGUCUUCAGGUGGUACCGUCACAGCCACGACAGCUGUAUCAUUUUAUUUUACUUUUUAAUGUUUUUACCUACGUGACUUUACCGAAAAAACCUAAGAAUAUGAAUCAUUGCAGUCACGAAAGCUUCAAAUCUAGAAAGAGUAUGAAGAAACUUUCGCAGUUGACUUGAGCACUAAAAAUUUGAAAGUGUUUCCAGCUCGAAACUAUUCUAUUGAGUAGUGCGGCGAAGAUACAGUAAUGAAUGUUGUUUGCUAGCCCUUUCAUGAUGAGACCUCGUGUGGUUGUGGAGCCGUAGGUUCCCAGCCACUUCUCUGGAUGUGAACAGUGGCAUCACGUGCUGCAAAAAAAACUGGUUUCGUCCGUUUGCUUUGUCAAGUUCUGUCGAGUUCUGUGCCAGUUUAGUCUCACCUUGUGAUUGUACCGUGUUGUUAUUAGCAACAACAAUAUAUAAACAAUAAAUUAUGUUGCCUGACCCCCA